AUGGGGAAUGCAUCAUUACCACACCAUAUAACCCUCUGGGGAAAGCAGUACUGUGGGAAAAGAAAAACUAAGCAGGUGGUUGAGGGCGGCGUGGUGACCAAAAGGCCCGAAUACGUGGGCAGAGGGGGACGGGGGCCCGAGUACGUGGGCACGGGGAUAAGGGCGCCCGAGUACGCGGGCACAGGUGUAAGGGCGCCCGAGUACGCGGGCACAGGGGUAAGGGCGCCCGAGAAUGCGGGAACAAGGGUAAUGGCGCCCGAGUGCGUGGGCAGAGGGGUAAGGGCGCCCGAGUGCGUGGGCAGUGGGGUAAGGGCGCCCGAGUGCGUGGGCAGUGGGGUAAGGGCGCCCGAGUGCGUGGGCAGUGGGGUAAGGGCGCCCGAGUACGUGGGCGCAGGGGGAAGGGCGCCCGAGCACGUGGGCGCAGGGGGAAGGGCGCCCGAGCACGUGGGCGCAGGGGGAAGGGCGCCCGAGCACGUGGGCGCAGGGGGAAGGGCGCCCGAGUGCGUGGGCAGUGGGGUAAGGGCGCCCGAGUGCGUGGGCAGUGGGGUAAGGGCGCCCGAGUACGUGGGCGCAGGGGGAAGGGCGCCCGAGCACGUGGGCGCAGGGGGAAGGGCGCCCGAGCACGUGGGCGCAGGGGGAAGGGCGCCCGAGCACGUGGGCGCAGGGGGAAGGGCGCCCGAGCACGUGGGCGCAGGGGGAAGGGCGCCCGAGUACGUGGGCGCAGGGGUAAGGGCGCCCGAGGGGAGGGCGCCCGAGUACGUGGGCGCAGGGGGAAGGGCGCCCGAGCACGUGGGCGCAGGGGGAAGGGCGCCCGAGUACGUGGGCGCAGGGGGAAGGGCGCCCGAGUACGUGGGCGCAGGGGGAAGGGCGCCCGAGUACGUGGGCGCAGGGGGAAGGGCGCCCGAGUACGUGGGCGCAGGGGGAAGGGCGCCCUUACACUUUUCAUACGUCCAAGACUACAAUGUCAAUCAUGUUGAACAGUAA